CCUGAGUGAGUAAUCUGUGACGGGUGCUACAUUUCGUACACUUGAAAUUCCAUUUCCUGGCGUGUUGCGUCAUCGCCACUGAGUCACAGCACGCUCCUUCUCCAUCCCUUACCCACAAACUACCAGUGUAUCUUAUUAUUCAGCAUUAUACCAGUUCAUAAGGGAAGAACAACCGAACAUACUCCGUGACUCAACAGCCUUGUUGUGUUCUAGCAAUCACCUUGAAAUUUAGCUGACUCUUUAAACACUGGAGACGUGGCAACGCAGCUCAGGUUUGGCAAGACAGGAAUUGUUUAGUGUGUGUCAGCUGGUUGUCAGGGAAGUCAUGUUUCCUUAACCUUCAGACUUGACUCCAGGGCAAGCUCACCUCCAUCAUGGGAAAUUUAGGGCCCUGACAGAGGCCUUGGCACAUGAACCAAGUCAUUAUGACUACACUAAGGAUGCACACCGCUUCCCUUGAGCUACGAUUGAUCCAAGUAAAGGAUGAAUACAGAUCUAAAAUACACCCAUGAAAAGGAGAUGCUGGCAAGCAAGUUUAAAAAAUUGUAGAACUGUAAGGCACACUGAAAAGCAUGGAGCAUCCCAGCUUGUCUCAAGAGUCAGAUGCUAAUAAAUGCUUAAUGGAAGACGCAGGAUCUGGACCUCUCAGGAAUAAGGAGGGAAAGUCUCAGAUUAUCAGCGAACAUAUAAAGAUUGAAGGCCCACCUAGAUGCCACAAUUCAAAAGCUGUGGGCAUCCCCAUGUCUAGGGAAAGUCCAGAUGGCAGCUCUGAUAGCUGUGAAUGGCCAGCUACAAGUCCUGCAAAUCACUCAGCAAUACUCAUGGCAGAUGGUUCCCCCUAUCCAUCCCGUAAUGACUUGCCUUCCGAGUCCAGUUUGCUUCACAAUAGAAAUAUUGGUAAAAUUACUGGUGCAAGGCCUAAAGAAGUUUUCCCAGCUCAGAGACUAAAGCAUGAGUUCUCUGACAGAAGUGAUGAUAGCACUAGACCAGAUAAUAGUAUAUCCCCCAGCUUGCUAGAGGUGCAUUAUGAACAGGACAGCGGUUGCUAUCAUUCUCACACAAGUAUUCAUAGAAGACGAGAAUCUCAAGAGUUCAAGGCGCCUCAAGGUAGGCAUCGUUCUGGCAGUGGCAAGACGGUGCAUGUUGUUACAGACAGUGACCAGGACAGUGACGAUACAGCCAAAGGAAUCCAACCACUCUCUUUACGAAGGAGAAGAAGGCAGCCGCCAUUCCAGCAAGUUUCAUCUUUAUCUGUGAAAUCGUUAGUUGACAGUCGAGGAGUUCUGCAGAGUGGCGCUGACCACCAUGGCACAAAAGAGAAACAUGGUGCAGAUCUCCUCGUGCCAUGUAUGCUUUGUGAUAGUGUGGAAGAUUGUUGUCACAAGGGAAAUGAUUUCAGAGCAACAUCACAAAGCUUGGCAAAAUCACAUUCCACAGUAGUGACUUGCACUUCCUCUGAGAAGUGUGUUGAAGGCCCUCCACUAAUGUCAGCACCUAUGCCUGUUAGUCCAACUGCAGACGCUCCGGAUGGCAUAGCUGCCAGUGCACCUGCACACAGUAUGAGACGUUUCUCAAUAUCAAGUAAGAGUAAAAUGAAGAAGAAGAAGACUCACAGUCGUUCACGAUCUGAUGGAUCCAAGGAAAUAGUUAAUAACUUGCAGUUCACUCAUUCAAAUACAGACCCAGAUCUUGAGAAGACGUUAAGCUCCUCCAACUGCAUACCUGUUCCAGAGAGGAAGCGCUUCAUGGAGGACGGCGGCCACAGCAUAACUCCUGCAGCUGACAAUGGAUUCUUUCCGCGGCCUCAGCCUGGUCAGAGUCUCAUAGAAUUUCUUUCUUCUGAGGAAUUUCACAAGCAGCAUGCUGCACUUGACAAAGAAAAUGCACACUUCAAUAUAUCUGAGGCUGUGAUUGCUGCUCUAACACAGAUGCAGUUCAAUGCAUGGCACCAAAAAUUUAGUUCAGGUCCUGGUGCACCAGAAGACAGUGAUGAAGAAAUACGCAACCUUCAAGCUCAAAUUCAAGAAAAAAGAAGACAGAAACUCUCGGGUGCUACAGCAACACCUUCCAUGACCACAACACCCAUCCUGGCAAACCCUGAAGACAACAGAUGGUUUUAUGGCUCACCUCCCAAGCCAGAAAGUACAACUGACUGUAGUGGCAAUGAGUCACCACCCAGCUCAUACUACAAUAGUGAGUCAGAUCUUGUAUCAGACACAGAAGAUUUUGGCCAGGAAUCUGAAGACUUGGAAGACACACCCACCGAGUCGUCCAUUUCAUCGACUAAAGCCAGAAAGACAUCUUUUGACCUCACAUCAGCAGAAAAGGUUGCCAUCAAUUUAUUAAAGAAUUUCAAUGAACAGAGACUUCCCAAAGCCUCUGAAUUGGAGUGGUUGGUGACUGAAGAAGAAGCUCCUCAAAAGCUGCUGCCAUUACCAACUAGUAUUGCUGUUGGCCCUGAAGAUGGAUGUGUAAUAUCACCCACAAAAGUCCUGCCACAGCCUCAGCUGCGGGGUACGUCAGACUGGGCUCCACCUCGACCUCAGCUCAUCCUUACACUUCUCACCUCCACUAAGAGAUCUGCAAUGAUGAAGACUCAAGACUGGCGAUGUGCUGGCUGUGGGAUGAAGGUGUCCGAGCACCUCAGCAGACAUUUCCGCUUCUGUAACUACCUUGGCCGCUAUUUUUGCACCACAUGCCACAGCAAUCAGACCACCAUUAUUCCUGCCAGAGUAAUACAGAAAUGGGAUUUUAAACCAUACCCAGUUUCAAACUUUUCCAUGGAAUUAAUUGAAAGCAUGAAAAGUGAUCCACUGUUUAAUGUGAGUGCUCUUAACUGUGGCUUAUACAAAAAGUGCCGGAAUCUACAACAGACUCGUAUUUAUCGGUUACAACUCUACUAUGCAUUACCAUACAUCAACACUUGCAGCCGAGCAAACAAUGAGAAGAAAUUAAUGUAUAAUAGACCCCAACACUGGGCAAGUGAUCCACAAGCAUACUCGCUGGAAGACCUGAUAUCUGCAAAGAAUGGUUCCUUUGUAGGAGAAGUGAAGAAGAUAACCAAACUAUACAUCAAUCACAUAGCAAAGUGUCAGGUCUGUGCCGGCCAAGGCUUUAUAUGUGAAAUCUGCGGAGAAGGGGAGCCAAUAUUUCCAUUCCAGUUGGAUUCUACGGCAUUAUGUGCUACUUGCAGUGCAUGCUAUCAUGUUGGCUGCUUCUGUCCUCUUCGGUGCCCCCGUUGUAUUCGACGAGAAACAAGACACUUAACAGAGGAAGCUCCUUAGAAUUUGCAAAGUUGUACAGAUGUAAACAAGUUCUUUUAAUCAAAACAAUCAGUAAAACAUAUGUGAA